GACGGCGCGCGCUGGCGGCGCUUCCUGUUUGCGGCCGCUGCCGUUUGUCCCGGCGGGAGCCGCAGGAGGGGACAGGACGGGCGGGAGCAGCGGCCGCGCUGAGGAGCCACCGGCGGGACUUGAAACACUCAGCUGUUGUUACCAAGACAACUCCUGAAACAUGGUGGAUUACUAUGAAGUUCUGGGAGUGCAGAAGCAUGCCUCAGCAGAGGAUAUCAAAAAAGCGUACCGUAAAUUGGCACUAAAAUGGCACCCCGAUAAAAAUCCAGACAAUAAAGAGGAAGCGGAACAGCAAUUUAAGCAAGUAGCUGAGGCCUAUGAAGUUUUGUCAGAUGCUAAAAAACGUGACAUCUAUGACAGAUAUGGAAAAGAAGGCCUAAUAAAUGGAGGUGGAGGUGGAAAAUAUCAUGAUAAUCCAUUUGAUUUUGGAUUUACAUUCCGCAACCCAGAAGAUGUCUUUAGGGAGUUUUUUGGUGGAAGGGACCCCUUUUCAUUUGAAUUCUUUGAAGACCCUUUCGAGGACUUCUUUGGUGGCAGGCGGGGUCCAAGAGGAAGCAGAAACAGAGGUGGUGGAUCAUUUUUCACUGCCUUUGGUGGAUUCCCUGCUUUUGGAAGUGGUUUUUCUCCAUUUGACACAGGUUUUACUUCAUUUGGCUCACUGGGACAUGGAGGCCUUACUUCAUCGUUCUCCUCUACGUCAUUUGGUGGCAGUGGGAUGGGAAACUUCAAAUCAGUAUCAACCUCAACAAAAAUAGUUAAUGGCAGAAAAAUUACUACAAAGAGGAUUUUUGAGAAUGGACAAGAGAGAGUAGAAGUUGAAGAAGAUGGCCAGUUAAGGUCGCUAACAAUAAAUGGAGAGGCAGAUGAAGAAGCCUUUGCCGAGGAGUGCCGGCGGAGAGGACAACACUCGCUGCCUUUCCAGCAGACCACCCCUCGGCUGCUGAAGCCUCACAAGGCUGCCAGCUCCCCCCGCAUCGCCUGCCAUUACAAUAGCGAUGAGGCAGAAGAACAAGACAGAAGCCGGGUCACGAGCAGCUUCGAGGCCCCUGUUUAUUUAUCAGGUGUGCACAAGCAUGUUGGUGAGAAAAGUGCAGAGAAGGGCCCAUCACGUAGUCAAAAGCCAAACCUAAAAAGGCACGCAAAAAGAUUGUGCUGUGUGUUGACUUAAUGUUAGCUCCCUGGCUAGAUAAUAAACAGCAGCUUGUUUGACUUCAUCCUGCUUUAGCUCUGAUCUUCCAUUUAGCCUAGAUUCACUAACGCCCUGGGAUAUUUAAGGAUCCAGGGCAGAUAUUGUUGUGCUGCUGAAGUGCCUCUGCUCUUUGUUGUUAAAAGUGAAGGCAUUUUAGAGGUUAACUCAUCACAGUACUUUGCACAUUCAUUUACUUAAAUUGUGCUUGGCUUCCUUGUCCAAAGAGAAGUUYGGCAAGUUGAUACUAUUUCUGGAAGCUGCAAUUUUAGGCAACUAAAUCCUAAUAGAGAAGGCUGAGACCAUUCAGGCAAACGUGGCAASGUGGCAAUUGUCAAUUUGGUUAUUUUUGGAAGUAAUUAGUCCUUUGAUAUAUUCCCAGUCUGUAAUUUUUUGGCAAUGUAGUCCAGAGGCUAUCUUGGACAACAAAGUUCUCAUGACUACUUGAUUUAAUUGGAACCURUGGUCAGAGAUCAUCCAGGACUUCAAGGUCAGGUUCUUCUGAUUCAUAUAAGAUGCCUUUCCAGCUGGAUGCCCAAAGCAAGGAUCCUUCUCUGUAGUGUAAAGUCAGGUGAAGUGCUGGGAAGUGUGAGCCUGUGAGGCUUCUCAGGGUAAAUAGAGCUCAUGAAAAAUAUUCACUGUACCCCAAAACAGGUGCUUAUGUACUGCCAGUGCUGUACCAACUUCCACUGUGUUUGUGUGCCUUUAAACGUAACACUGUCUUUUGUGUGGAACACCUGAAGAUAUCAUGAAGGAGGACAUUGAAAAAAUAGAAUAAUUUAGAUGUAUGUCACCCUGAUCAGGUGCUGGAAGCUUUGUGUCUUUAAAGAUGACCAA